AAUUAUAAACAGAACAUCAACGUCAGCAACAUAUGUACAUGGAAUUAUUUGAUUAAUAAUAUAAUCACUUCAAAUUGUCAUUAAUAAUUUGUAAAUAUGAUGAGCCUACGUGAUAAACAAAUUCAUGCUUUGAGGCAAAUGUUAAAUUUAAAUAUACCAGAAUCAAAGUCAACAACUGCAGUGCCUACAUGGAAAAUUUUAAUAUAUGACAGAGUUGGACAAGACAUAAUAUCACCAUUAAUAUCAAUAAAAGAACUUCGUGAACUUGGAAUAACUCUACACAUGCAAUUACACUCAGACAGAGAUCCAAUACCUGAAGUACCAGCAAUAUAUUUUUGUUCACCAACUGAUGAAAAUCUUGGUAGAAUUGGACAAGAUUUAAAUAAUAAUAUUUAUGAUAUAUAUCAUUUUAAUUUUAUAUCACCAAUAACACGUGAAAAAAUGGAAGAUUUAGCAUCAUCAGCAUUACAAGCUGGUGCUGUAUCAAAUAUACAAAAAGUAUUUGAUCAAUAUUUAAAUUUUAUAACACUUGAAGAUGAUUUAUUUGUAUUACGUCAUCAAAAUAGUGAUGCAAUAUCAUAUCAUGCAAUAAAUCGUGGUGAAAUAAAAGAUACAGAAAUUGAUAUUAUUAUGAAUACAAUUGUUGAUAGUUUAUUUUCUGUAUUUGUAACACUUGGUACUGUACCAAUAAUACGUUGUCCACGUGGUAAUGCUGCUGAAAUAAUUGGUAAAAAAUUAGAUAAAAAAUUACGUGAUAAUGUAUGGGAUACAAGAAAUAAUUUAUUUCAAGGUGAAACAAAUAAUACUGGACAUAUUAGUUUUCAACGUCCAUUAUUUAUUGUUAUUGAUAGAAGUAUUGAUAUGGCAACACCAUUACAUCAUACAUGGACAUAUCAAGCACUUGCACAUGAUAUACUUGAGCUAUCAUUAAAUCGUUUAAUUGUCGAUGAAAAUAUUGGUAUAACACCAGGUGGUGGUGUUAAAUCAAAAACACGUCCAUGUGAAUUAAAUAAUAAUGAUAAAUUUUGGUCACAACAUAAAGGUAGUCCAUUUCCAAGAGUUGCUGAAGCAAUACAAGAACAAUUAGAACAAUAUAGAUUAUCUGAAGAAGAAGUUAAAAAACUUAAAAAUUCAAUGGGUAUUGAUGGUGAUAAUGAUACUGGUUAUUCAAUGGUUACAAAUAAUACAGCACGUUUAACAAAUGCUGUUAAUUCAUUACCACAAUUAAUAGAAAUGAAAAGAUUAAUUGAUAUGCAUACAACAAUUGCAACUGGUAUAUUAAAUUCAAUUAAAUCACGACGUCUUGAUACGUAUUUUGAAAUUGAAGAAAAAAUUAUGAGUAAACAAACACUUGAUCGUAGUAUACUUGAUAUUAUAAAUGAUCAUGAAUGUGGUACACCAGAUGAUAAAUUACGUUUAUUUAUUAUUUAUUAUUUAUGCACAAAUAUUAAUGAUAAUGAUUAUGAUAAAUAUGAGAGUGCAUUAAUUAAUUGUGGAUGUGAUUUAAAUCCAUUGUAUCAUAUUAAAAGAUUGAAGGGUUAUACUAGAUUAACUGAUGUACAAAAUAAUUAUGAAGGUGGUGGUACUAAAACAGUUAGUAUGUUUUCAAAGUUGAUGAAUCAAGGCUCAUCAUUUGUUAUGGAAGGUGUCAAAAAUUUAGUUGUUAAAAGACAUAAUUUACCAGUUACUAAAAUUGUUGAUGAUUUAAUUGAAACAAAACAAAAUUUACAAACUGAUGAUUAUUAUUAUCUUGAUCCAAAACAAUUGAAACAAUCUGAUAAUUUGCCAAAAAAUCGUACGUCUUUUCAGGAUGUUAUUGUGUUUGUCGUUGGUGGUGGUAAUUAUAUUGAGUAUCAGAAUCUUGUUGAUUAUGUCAAGCAAAAAAAUUCAAGUGGUGGUGCUAAUAAGAGAAUUGUUUAUGGCUCAACAACACUUGUCAAUGCAAGACAAUUUUUAAAACAAUUGUCUCAUCUUGGACAAGAAAUUCAUUAAUUAUAUAUAUUAAUUUUAUAAAAUAAUCAAGAAAAAUAAUAUUAAAUACAAAGUGUAG